AAGUCAAGUGCUAUUGUAGUUCGCUCAGUGCGUUGUCGACUUUGCAUUUAUUACUAAAUUCCAUGAAUAAUUAGCUACUUAUAAGUUGCAUUGCCUCAACCUCCCAUCAUUAGUCUAAUCAUAACUCUCGGACUAAGAAGAUGGAAUCAUUGUUCUGGAUUGAAAGUGCAGGCUUCGAUCAACAUUAUAGUGCCGCAUAUCCCCGCGCGAAUAGUUCUGAGUCUGAUGAAGUUCUUGUGAAGAAAAAACAAGGGAGAACGUACUAUCGCCUCGUUGACGAUUUUGUAGGAGUCCCAUCCACAUCAAAGCAGAAUCUAGAAAAAUUGAUUUCGGCUCAAGCAUUCCAGUCACUUCCUUUGAGCAUACCAGACUGUGAUAUCUUCCUGAAUGGCGGAAAACAGUUCACUUACUUCAACGUUUAUAUGGCUGGGCUGAAAACUACUUCACGAACAUUCGCCGAGUUUGAAAACCUGCAUAGUUCUCUAAAGACACCAUUCCACUAUAUAAGUCGACACCUACCACAACUACCACAAGACUAUGUGCACUUCAGUGGCAUUGCAGAGAUCGAGAGCUACUGCCAAGAUCUUGAGAAGUAUCUUUAUGAGCUAUGUCGGAUUAAGGUCAUUGCCGAGAGUGACUACGUUCAAGAGUUUUUGAGUUCAUCAAUGGGAUUUGAUACUGCUGGGGUUGAUAGCAGAGAGCAUAUUCGAUUAUCAGACCGUGUGUUCUUAAAUUUUCCAGCAGGACGUCAUGGAGAUAAGUCCGAUUUGAGGAUGGGAGGGGAUUUGGAUUUCGUGGAGGAUUUAGUGGAUUUGCCAAAAGCAAGAUCGUCAAAGUCAUCUGUUACUUCGUAGAAUACUUGGUAGUUUCCAGCCAUAUUUUUUCUGUAAUUAUCAUAAAUUCUAGAUUGAAUGUAAAGUGUAGAAUACGAAAAUAUGAUACAUACCUUACGCGAUGUGCUGCGUGGGGACACAUGAAGUUUUAUUAGAUAUGAAUUGCUAUGCUAGGCUCUAUUUGUGUUAUAUUAUGUUUGUUUUUAUUGUGAAUAUAUUCAUGGAAGUGGUGUAAAUUG